AUGAACAAUCAAAUCAAAUCAAUUCAAACAAAUAAAAUUCACCUAAUUCCCCGCGGGCCCCACCUCCUCCUCCAUAUCCACAAUCUCAUGACCACCGUCCUCCCGUGGGCCCGCGCGGCGGCAGACAUCCUCCACCCUGGCCACAACCUCCACCAUGUCCGGCCUCAACUGCACCAUAUCCUCCUCCACACUCUGAUAACGAAGCAGCUCCAUGUCAAAAACCUCAGCCGUCCACUCCUCACGCACCACCGACUGCACCCACCGCGGCAGAUCCAGCCCUUCCUCAGCCUUACCCGUCAGCAGCUCCAACAGCAGCACACCGAAGCUGUACACGUCAGCACGCUGGCCCACUUUGCGCGGGUCCGUCACCUCUGGGGCCCGGUAGCCCGCCACCCGGUUGGGGAGUGCUGCUGGGCCCGAGAGCUGGGCCAGCCCGAAGUCGGAGACACGGGCCUCGUAGGAUUUUGUGAGGAGAACGUUGGAGGACUUGAUGUUGCCGUGGGAGAUUGUGGGCCCGCGCGAGUGGAUGUGGGCCACGCCACGGGCGGCCCCAAGGGCGAUGGUUGCUCGGGUUUCCCAAUUUAG